AUGCCUCUUCAACAAGAAGUAGCAUCAGAAGAAUUAAACAAUCUUCAUCACUCCAACAAUAUCACAACAACCCUAUCAAAACUUUCUAAUUCUCCCUCCGAUACUUUUUCAUCAACUUGCCAUCAUUCAUCAUCAUCAAAUUCUUCUUCUUCCUCUUCUUUUACUGCUCAUCAAGAAGAAGAAGAACAAGUCAACUCCUCUGUGGCGGAGGAGAAUGCAACGACAUUAUUUUGCGCCCAAGAACAAAAAUUAGUAAGGCAGCAAACAAAUUUGGACCUUACAGAAAAAAAGCAACAACCGUUUACUUCUUCCUUAUCAUCAUCAUCAGAAUUGAAAAAGGCAUCUACCACUCGUAAGAAUAAUAAUAAUUGUGAAGAGGGAGGAGAAGUACAAAUAGACAAUAAUAACCUUAGUACUAAUAAUAGUGAUACGGAAAAGAAGAUACAGUGCGGAGGUGCUGAAAAAGAAGAGGAUUAUUUGAAAACCCUAUCAUCUAGGAUAUACCACCUAAAUCCGAUCAUUAAUACUAAAAAACAGGUAUUGGAUAACAAUUUGAGGAAGAAUUCACGAGAAGAAAUAUCUAAAUCAUCUAGCAAUAAGAAUCUAAUAGAUUCAAACAAUAUUGAAUCAGUACCAUCAUCAUCAUCAAGUGAUAAGGAAGAUAAAAUCACAAAAAUCAUUUCAUCUGAUGAGAAUAUAACAACAACAACAGAAAUGAAUUUUUCCAACUCACCAACACCUCAUACAAAUGUACCCUAUUCAGCCAAUGCUCACUACUCUUUAAACUUUUUCAAUUUGCCACUUGAGGGAACAUCCAUUCCGAAAGCUUGGCAUUCACUGCUGAAAAUUCAAGCUUCUACGAUUUUAUUCACAGUUUAUACAGGAUAUCUGAUACAGACCAUGUAUGUCUUUCGAGAACAGAGUCAUGAUAUUAAUGCAACUUUUUGGAUGUUUAUUCUGGGAGCACUGACGAUACUUGUAAAUAGUGGACGUCUUAUUAGGAUGGAUAAGGCAGAAAAUACUUACGAAUCAAAGGUUAUCAUUCUUUUUAAUGUUGUUAGCUUUUCAAUUCGUUUCUUUGUAAUGCAAAAGCACAGAGUUUUAAUGUUGAGCAAUUCACUGGCAACUAUUGCAGUCAUGUCUAAAAACACAGCUCAUAGUAAGGGAGAUCCAUUUUGGUCAAUGCUUCCAACAGUUUCCAUGGCUUUUCACUACUUUCUAGCUGGACUGCUCAAAAUCAAUGCAAUGGGAUGGACCUACACAUUGGAUGUAAUUUUCGAGUAUUCACCAGCCAUUUAUACUAUUCUAAUUUUUGGAUUAUUUAUAGUGUUCGGAAAUGUUCAAUUAUCAUCAGAGUGUGAUCAACUUCAAGAAACAACAGACAGACUCAAAUUGGCUUUGGAAGCCAAAUCAAAUUUUGUCAGCCAUCUUUCACACGAAUUUAGAACACCAACCCUGAGUAGUUUAGGAUCGAUAGAAUUAAUUAAGGAAACAAAUCUGACUAAGGAACAACGAGAACACAUAGAAACCAUUGAGAGUGCCGAAAAUAUUCUAUUGACUCUCAUUGAGGAUAUUUUACUUUUUGUAAAAUCGGAACAUGAAACCAAGAGCAAAGUUCAAACCAAUACCAAACAAGUUUUUUGUCUGAGGAAUUGCCUUCAAAGUGUACAGGAAAUUAUGAAGAGCUAUGCCAAAAAGUUUGUUGUGGAUGUGCAGAUAUUUACUCAAAAUUUGGAGGCCAAUGUUUUUGUCAAGAUGAAUCAGGCAAGAAUGAGUCAAAUUCUAGUUAAUUUAUUAACUAAUGCCGUGAAAGCUUCUCAUCCAUCUCAAGUUGUAGAACUUCACUGCAAAACAAUACCAAAUCCUCCAAAUGUCAUUACGGAAAAUUCUCACCAAUGGUUUGAGUUUAAGGUUGUUGAUUAUGGUGUUGGUAUUCCCAAGUCGAAGCAAGAAUUUAUCUUUCAACCAUUUGGUCAGCUCCAUAACCUUAAUGAAAGUAUUUUCCCAAGCAGUGGUUUAGGUUUAUCUACUUGCCUUAAUAUUGUACGUUCCAUGAAUGGAUGCAUUACUCUCGAGUCAGAGGAAAAUCAUGGCAGCACUUUUACUAUUCAAAUACCUAUACAAAUUUACAACAUGAAUACCUUGGAUGCAAAGGAGGUUGUUCUUUCAGCAGAGGAGCAAACUGUCGAUUUUUCAAUCAAGAGACAGAUUGACAUUCAAAACAAUUAUUUGGAUCAAUUUGAAAAGGCAGACUCUUAUGUUAAGAAUGCUGAAACCUCCAAACCAAACACAGACAAUAUUCAAAUUAUUAUUGCCGAAGAUAAUGCAAUCAAUCGAAAAGUGCUUACCAAAAUGUUGAGAAGUUUGGGAUUUGAGGUGGAUGUAGCAGUGGACGGUCGCCAGUUGGUAGAGAAAAUUGACCCAACUCGACACAAACUAGUUAUUACAGAUAUGCACAUGCCCUUCAUGAGUGGUAUUGAGGCAUCUAAAAUAAUCAAGACCAAAUAUAAGGACAUUAAGAUAAUCAUGUUGACUGCAGAUGCACUAACAAAUGCUGAAUAUUAUGCAAGUGUAGUGGAUGCAGUGAUUUGCAAGCCAUGUACUCGUAACGAUUUGCAAAAUGGUAUUCAAGCAAUGCUUGGAGAGGAGAUGGUAAAAGACUAG